AUGGAGCUUGCUUCUAGCUUUUCUCUGUUGCACGCCAAGCUGUCAAAGCUCGGCUUUCGUGACUGGACCUCGGUGAGCGAGGGCGAUGUCAUGACCGGCAAUCCUCACACUUACGCGCUCUUCCUGCGAUUUUUGUACCACCGCUUUCCCGUCGCCACCGCAGCACUGAUUUGCAAGCACGAGUGGUUCAUCCUGGAGCACAGCGACGUAAACAUUGGUGCCGCAACGGUGCGUCUGCUCGCCGUGGAGGCGGGUGAGACGCACGGCAUAUCGGGCGCCCAAUUUAGUCGCUGCAAGUACGCCUCGGCCAAGGUGGCCAUGUGUCAUUCACUUCUGCGUCUCCUUCGCUCCCUUACGCCCCAGUCCUUGUCAACCAGGAGCCUAGCACGCGUUCCUGUAGUCUCUCGGACCCCGAAGGUGCUGUGUAAGCCAGCCACAGUUUUGCCAGCAUCCUCCGUCGCGGCAGACAUGAUAGACCAGCGAAGACACGAACUGAACUCCCUGCGGCGCUCCUAA